GGAGGGUUGAGCUUUGAGCGGAGAGGAGGGGGUUAUGCGGAUUUAAAGAAGUGAUUUCACCUUCUCCGUGUUAAAGAAACGUUACAGCUCUCGCUUGGUUUAUGCAGACGGGUCAUAUCUGAGAAGACAUGCCCCCUCAAGAACUUUCCGUGGAUUACACUUCCCACUUUGCACCCCCUGUGCCACCCCACAAGCCCAAGCCUGUGCCAGAGUGCUGCGGCCAGGAGCGGAUCCUUAAAUGCGUGCUGCUCGGGGAUGGGGCAGUUGGCAAGACCAGCCUUCUAGUUAGUUACACCACAAACGGCUACCCGACCCGCUACAUCCCUACGGCUUUCGAUGAUUUUUCCGCACUGGUGCAAGUUGAAAAUACUCCUGUGAAACUUCAGCUCUGUGAUACAGCAGGACAGGAUGAGUUUGACAAGCUACGUCAUUUCUGUUAUCCAAGGACAGAUGUACUGAUUCUGUGCUUCAGUGUUGUCAGCCCGUCCUCCUUUCAGAAUAUCUCUGAAAAGUGGAUAUCAGAGAUACAGUGCCACUGUCCCCAUGUGCCAGUUGUACUAGUGGGGACUCAGUGUGACCUCCGUGAAGAUGUCAAAGUUCUCAUUCAGCUUGCUCGGUACCAGGAGAAACCUGUGUCUAACUCUUCUGCUAGGGCUCUUGCUGAAAAGAUAGGCGCUGUAGCCUAUGUGGAGUGUUCGGCUUUGACCCAGAAGAACCUAAAAGAAGUUUUUGAUACAGCAAUAAUUUCAGGUUUGCGCUACUCGGAUUUAAGGGGACAGAGAGAGAGGAAAAUGGCUGCCACUGCCAACAAGAUGAAAACUCUUUCAAAGGCAUGGUGGAAAAAGUAUGUGUGUGUUUGAGGGUAAGAGCCAUACUUCAUGGUGGACACAGAGGACCAAUAUGCCUGACUUCCUGCUGAUGUGUUGGCAGCUAAGUAGCACAACAUUUUUUUUCUGCAGGAAGCUGGAAUUGAAGGAGAAGUAGAGGAGUCUUAUUUUUUUUGCUGCCAAUUUAUAGAUAAACUCUUUCCAAGAGAAGCAAUGAAACCUUUUUUUCCAACUUGAUCAAGAUUCAAACUAUGGACAUCUCUCUAUCUUUCACUUGCAAGAAAAAAAGAUGUUUAUGGACUAAUUUCUCCCUCCCAAAGAACUGAACAGGAAAUGCAUAGUAUGAAAGCAAGAUACACCUUUAGCUCCUGUGAACACUGGGCAGGGAUUGCUGCUGUUUGUUAUUACAAAGGUCGAGGCCUUGGUCCAUAUCAGAAAAGGAGAUAUUUUGCUGGUUUAUUUAAUUUGGCUCCUAGCUGAGGUGGAUGUUAUUUCAAUACAGCUUCUGUUUUAAGAAGCGUGCAGUAUUUUAAGAUAUUAACACUGGUGGAUGCCAUGUGUAUGUGUUGUGGAGGGCUCUAGAGGCUUUACCUUUUUGUUGUACUAAAAAGAUUAUAUAAUGAUAUAGUUGGUGCCAGUGAUAAUAUAUGAGGCGAUAUACAGCUGUUCAUGAACUACAAUUCCUAACAACCAUGGGGGAUUUAUAUUUAAAAAGCAUGGGGGAGUCCAACUAGUGACUUCCAGCUGCUUAUAACCCUGACUUCAGCCUUUGUAAUAUUUUUUUCAAUGUAACUAGUUCCCUCUGCAUCGCAAUCCAUGCUCCAUGACAUAAUACUCUUGUUAUAUCUGCUUUAUAAGCAGCUGCUUGGGAGAACACUUUGAUGUGAUUUUGUUUUGGAAAUAAAAUUACAUUUAUAAAAUAU